UUGAAUUUCUCUUUAAAAAAUGGGUACAUUACAACUCUGUAGCGAAUCUCUCAAAUACAUGUGCAAGGUAUUUUAUCCUUUUGGUUGAAGACCCACCUUUGCUAGUCUAAUAGCAGUACGUGUAGUUUGGAAGACUUAAUACCUGUUUUUCUGAAGCCAUGUUCACUUCUUUGUUAAAUUACCUGACUGGGAAACAUUCCAUUAAGUUUAUACAUAUUCUGUCUAGGCAAAAAGUCGUUAGUCCUACGUUUACACAUUUACAUUGUAAUGGAUCAGUUUCGAUUUCUAUAAAGAAAAUCACACAUCAUCUGUUUUUUGACAUGUGGAAGUCCAUAAUCAUUAACUGUCAAGCGUAGGCCUUAUGUGCUUCUUUCUGUGAAAGGACACAGUGACCAGAGCAGUAUUGAAGAUGGAAAAUUCCAUAAUUGGAAUUCAUGGUAAUUUAUACAUCGUCCAUAACAUUGAACAAAUUGCCUGCUAUCAGGAGACCAUCAGCAAGUGAAUACAACCCUAUCUCUCACUUUCUUCUUAAUUACUGAUAUUUUCAGCCAGCAAGUUACCGAUCCCAGAAUUGUCCAUUCUGUGAUAGCAAUUAGAGGGUCCAUUUGCUGCAGUCAAUAAAAUUAGAUUAGUUUACCAUGGUUUCUAUGUACGUUGUAACAUGUGUAUGUUAACUGUCUAGGACAGCCAUACCAGACAUAUAUCUACUGUAGUCAACAGAUUGCUACAGGAUUGCUAGGGAUAAUGCUGAGGAGGUUUGUUCUCUUUCUGCCAGUGGAUGUCUGUUGACAAAUUGAGACAGACCCAGUGACCAUCAUUGAUGUUGAUGGCCAGCUUGUGAGAAAACUUUUAGGAGUUGGAGUAGAGGAGAGAAUUUAACAGGUUUUACGUACAUUUUAUAUACUGUGAUGCGUAACCAAGGCAACAGGUGCUCCACUGAGUGAUGAGAUCGUCACAUUUUUGAAGGGAAUUGGAUUAUACAUUUUCAGCUGUAUUCUCCAUAGGAAAACUGGCAACUUUCUAUUGAGUCAUUCAAUAAUGGAUGAGCAAGACAACAGCACAAAUUCUCCUCCUGAAGUGUUUUACAGCUAUACUUACAGACAGAUGGUUGUAGCAUUUAUUCUGGUACUUUCAAUCCUUGGAACAUUUGGCAACAUGCUGGUCAUAGCUGCUGUGAUAUUGUCCAAGAAACUCUGGCAUGUCACCAACAUGUUUGUGCUGAAUCUUAGCAUCGUUGAUCUAUUGAUUUGUGUCUAUGUCAUUCCUAUGAAUGCAGUUGUAUUCUUCAAGGCAGAGCAAUCACCAACCAUCAAGCCCUUCUGCACCAUUGCAGGUUUGAUGUUUGUACUUUGCUUUGGAUGUAGCAUCAACAAUCUAAUGUGCAUUGCCAUCAGCAGAUAUGCUAUCAUUCGCCUGAAUGGAGCAGCUUACGCUAAGUUGUUCAGUCAGCGGAGGACUGCAUUAGCCAUCGGCAUGACUUGGUUGAUUCCCAUGUUUGGUGAGCUUGUUCCAACUCUCACUGGUUGCCUGAAACCUGGCUAUGAUGAAGACUUUUCAGCUUGCAAUGUAGAUGUGAAGAACACCCACAAAGGUUGUGCCGUAAUCGUCCUCUUCUCAAUUGUCCCUGUUCAAUUCUGUGUCUUAUUUUGGAGUUGUGCCAUGGUUUUUCGCCACAUUCGCACCCAUGCAAAGAGAGUUCAACAUUUGGAAGCGCCCAUUGAAAUGCAAGUCCACAAUGCACAGAGAAUUCAGCAACCUAGACCCAACACUAAACUCCAAGUUGAAGUAUCCAAGAAUCUGCUGUUAGUGGUGUGUGCCUUCAUCGUCUGCAUUUUACCUGCCACCAUCUGUAGUCUCCUGUUAUUCACAUUGAAAGACAAUACCACCGUAAGGAAGGUGAUGCCAGGUACUAUAGUAAUCUUGUCGGCAAACAGCUGUCUGAACCCAAUGAUCUAUGGUUUUAAGCACCCUCAUUUCAAGACAGUGUUCAACUGCAUUCUUCGUGGGAGAUUUGACCAAAUACCAGACAGGAAUAGGAUCUGUAAAUAACACAAUAUAUCUCUCUGUCUUAUGGAAAAACUUAACUUGCAGUUGACUUACUGUGGAUGUGAGUUGACCUUUUCCUUGAAAUCAGAACCUGCAGAGCUCUUUAAUAAUAGGAAUAAUAAUAAUAACAAUAUUUGUUUGGGCCAAUUAAACAUACAAGACAAUCACAAGACACAGCAGGCCGCCCAGGAGAACAUAAAAGUUGAAACAUAAACUGUCACCAAAAGGCGUAUGUCUCCCAAGACCCAAAUAGAACAGUAGGGUAAGACAGAGCGUAACUUAUUCGUCGUGUGGGAAGGUGUCAUACAUCUUACAGAUACCUAAAUGUGUUGAGACAAGAAAAUGUCAAAGAGAGAUUUCUUUUCUCCAAGGUGAUGAAAAUACAAUGAACAUGUAAUCUUCUUAUCCUUUUUAAUGUGUUUAUCAUGAUUUAUUUCAUUUGAGGAUUACAUGUAAGCGCACUGUCGUUGCAAGAUUUAGUCCCAUAUUUCACCUCAGAGUUAAAGUCAUUGUGGGAACAUACAUGUUAGCUUAAAUUAUUACUUUUCCUGUAAUUGAAGUUAAUCUGAAGAUAAUUGAUUGACCUCAUUGUUUAUGAAUCGGGGUUGAUAGGAGAUUGCAACUAGUUGUCAUGGAAACAUGUUUUGUAAGAGGAGGAAUGUUGCUUUGUAGCACACGGUUUGAUUCUUUUCCCAUGGGAAACAUCCAUCAGGUCCAUUCAGCCAAGGCAAAGCUAUAGCUAUUAUCUGUCAAGCCUAACAAUUUAAAGCUUCCUCUUUGUGGAAGGAAACAAUGAACAAACCAAUUGAACCUGUGAAAGGUCUGGUGGUGAGCAUCGGAAAACCCUCUGGAUCCCAUGGCCUAAAUGUAGGGAUUCUGAAUUGGGUCUGCCAAUCACCUCUGUAAUUUUUGAAUGGAUUAUUUCCAGUAGAAAUCACCCCAUGAUAAUCAGAAAUUUUGGGAAUUUUAUCUUUAUGUUUCUGAAGUAAAAUUGUGGAAAAUAUGCUUUGAUAUCUGAAAAACAGAUUUCCUUGAUGACCUUCUCAUACGGCAUUAUCAUACGUGCAGUAGGUCUGCAUGUUUGUUUCACAUUAUGUGCAUGCACAAGAACAAGAACGUAUAACAUCGUAAAGAC